AAACGCAGAAAACCAAAACCCUUGCCGGAGAACCACCGUCGAAAUCCUUGCUUUAAAUGGAGAAUUCGUUGCUUGAUUCUGGUGAAACAAUGGAGAUGAUUACCACAGAGAAAAUCGAGGAACCAGUGAAGGACACUCUCAGAGAAGUUAUAUCUCAGGAGAUUGCUCAUAAGGAAGCACCCGUACCAGAGACAGUAGCUCCGGUGUAUAAAAGAAAAGUUUAUGUUGUUGAAGAAGAACGCUUUCUUUAUAAGUUUUCGGAGACGAAAGAUGUGAUGGUUAAUAAAUACCAAGGCAAAGCUUUUCUAUUGAUUGGGAAGAAGCAUUUUCAUAAGGAAAAUGCAAAGUUUAGAGGAAUAAAUUUCCCAACCCACCAAUGGUCUGUGCUCAAGAACAAUUUCUCAGCGAUAGAGGAAGCUAUUAAGCACUUCCAGUUAAAAAAUGCAACACCAAAUGGAAAUACUUGUGAGGCUUUGGAUAAGAGCAGUCAAGGUUUUUCUCUUAUCGAGACUUCGCGAUUUGAUGGGAGGAGUUAUCUUUCAUGGGCAUCACAGAUGGAACUUUUUUUGAAGCAAAUGAAGCUGGUUUAUGUACUCUCUGAACCUUAUCCUGGUACUGGUAGUGGUAGCUCUCAAGAUUGGUUGAGAGAUGAUUAUCUUUGCCACAAUCACUUGAUGAAAUCCUUGUCUGAUGAUCUAUACCGUCAAUACUUGAAGAAAUUCAAGCAUGCUAAGGAACUAUGGGACGAGUUAAAAUGGGUUUACCACCGUGAGGAAUACAGUUCUAAGAGGACACUAGUCAGAAAGUACAUUGAAUUCAAAAUGGUUGAAGAGAGACCUGUUCUCGAGCAAGUUCAAGACUUUAUCAAGAUUGCAGAUUCCAUAGUGGGUGCUGGUAUGCUUCUUGAUGAGACGUUUCAUGUGAGUACCAUCAUUUCCAAGUUUCCUUCGUCCUGGAGAGGCUUCGUCACUAGAUUGAUGGAAGAGGAGUUUCUACCAGUCUCGAUGUUGAUAGAACGAGUAAAAGCUGAGGAAGAGUUUCUCAGAAGUGGAAAAAAAAGGGUUACAGUUAGUCCAGCCACAGGGUCCUCUCAGAUGGAAAUGAGACCGAGUCUAGGAACAACGCUUACAGGAUCUCAGAGUAUAGGUGUGAAGAGGAAAGAACCCGAGAGAGUCAUCAUAUCUGAUGAGAAAGCUCCCAAGAAACCAAAUCAGAUGACUUCUUCAGUCACCGCAUUUGUGGAUUCAGAGACUCAAGCAAGAACCAACAAUGAGGAGUAGUAGCUGAUAAUUUGCUUAAACGAAGAGUAUAAAGAACUGUUCAAAAUCUGUUUUUCGUUUCAAAUGCAGCUCUUGAUUACUCAAUAAACAGACAUCAAUUAA